AUGGACGGUUCGAGGACAGGCGAUCAGGAGGAAGUUGCUUGCCCCAGCUUCCUGAAAGAUGACCAAACGUACAUGGGAGUGUCGACGUACACGACCAACUCCGUCUCCAAAGUUCGAUUCAAGAAAUACUACAAAAGCCUCUUCCUAGGCUUCGUCGAUCUUGCGAUAGUGAACGCGUUUAUAGUCUUCAACCGCGCCCGAAACGCUGCAAACAAUACCAAGAUGACGCACAUUGGCUUCAUGAACCAGCUGCACCUUGAACUGAGCCAAAUUACCGCUUUUGAUUGGGUGGAGCUCCAGGGGACGCGUGUGCAGAACGCAACUCCGACUAGACACCGUGGAGGAGGCAGCUCAGAGCACAUGCCCGUACAGACAGAUGAAACGAGGAAGGGCAACACCGAUGGAAGUCGAAAACGUCCUCUGAGAGCAUGCAAAGUGUGUUCACUGCUCAUGGAGAAGGUCACCGGUGACGAUACGUCUUUCCAGUGUAGUUCAUGUGUACUCACAACUACACUGUCUACGACUAUUUAUUGA